AUGGCUUCAGCUUCCCGUCUAGAGCUCUUCCGAGUCCAUGAUGAUCUUCGCUCUAUCAGCGCGGUCGCACAUACCGUCAGCCUCUCCUUCUCGAAUGACCCUCUGAUAAGAUGGCUACGGCCCGCUGCGGCCCCAUGGGUGAGGAAACAGACAGACACCUUCAACUGGCAGUAUCGUCGGGUACAACGGUUCAUAUCGGAGGGGAUUGUAUUUCGAUCAGCUCCAGCACCCCAGGUUGCACGUCUGUUUCCACCCAAGGGAAUGUCGUUGAGAGAUCAAGCCUUGGCCAAAGAGGCAACAGAUCUGCAUGAGGAAGAGGAUGCAGGCGUAGCCAUCAUGCUGCACCCGCCUCAAAGUCAAUCAAAAUGGACACUCAGUCGUCUACUUCUUGCUGCGAAGGUGUGGCUGUUGGAUUUCAUCAUCCCAGUCACAGAUAAUGGCGCAAAUAUGAAGCGCGUGGAAAGCCUCCUCAGCUCUCACGAAGGAUCGCUCAAUACCAUCAAGACAAAGUAUAAUACAAACGACUUGUGGUAUCUUGAAGUAGUGGCUGUUCAUCCUUCUCUCCAAGGUCGAGGACUAGGCAGGAGCGCGAUACAAUGGGUCCUGAACUAUGUUCGAGACGCCCCAAUCUUCCUUGAGUGUACAGCGGAACAGAAUGUGAAGUUUUAUGAGAAGCUUGGCUUCGAGGUCGUCGAAGAAGUGGAUCUGAUAGACGAUGGAGACGCUGUCAAAGUUUGGCUCAUGUUUCGACAGGCACAGAAACUCGGCUCUUAAAUGUGCUUAACCUGCAAAUCAAUACAACGCAACUUCUAGUCCUCUCAUAUAAGCAAGAUCGUGUAUGCUCGUCUUAAAAGGAUCCGAUUCCCACCAUUCUUCAAGUAUCUCCCACAGAAUUUGCAGGAGUCGUUCG